CGCCAGCUGGCCGCGUCCUUCGCCCCAGUCAUUCUUCGCCGUCCCAGCCAUGGCCUCCCGCCUCCUCCGUGGGUCCCUGCGCUUGUGGGGCGGCCGGUGCGCCCCGGGUCCGCCGCGGUCCGCGAGAUGUUCUCAUUCCGGAGGGGAGCAUCGUCUAGAAACUUCUUCUGCUAAAAAAUUAACAGAUAUAGGAAUUAGAAGAAUCUUCUCUUCAGAGCAUGACAUUUUCCGGGAAAGUGUAAGGAAGUUUUUUCAAGAAGAAGUGGUUCCUCAUCACACAGAAUGGGAGAAAGCUGGAGAAGUGAGUAGGGAGCUUUGGGAAAAAGCCGGAAAACAAGGACUGCUCGGGGUCAACAUAGCCGAGCAUCACGGCGGCAUUGGCGGGGACCUGUACUCCGCAGCUGUGGUUUGGGAGGAGCAAGCAUAUUCGAAUUGUACAGGCCCAGGUUUCAGUCUUCAUUCAGAUAUCGUCAUGCCCUAUAUUGCAAACUACGGCUCAGAAGAACAGAUUAAGCACUUCAUCCCCCGGAUGACUGCAGGGAAAUGUAUUGGUGCCAUAGCCAUGACAGAGCCUGGGGCUGGAAGUGAUUUGCAAGGAGUAAGAACACAUGCUAAAAAGGAUGGAAGUGACUGGGUUCUUAAUGGCAGCAAGGUGUUCAUUACCAAUGGGUGGCUAAGUGACGUCGUGAUAGUAGUGGCAGUCACAAAUCGCGAAGCUCGCUCCCCUGCCCAUGGCAUUAGCCUUUUUCUGGUGGAAGAUGGAAUGAAAGGAUUUAUCAAGGGACGAAAGCUACAUAAAAUGGGAAUGAAAGCUCAGGACACUGCAGAAUUAUUCUUUGAAGACGUACGGUUGCCAGCUAGCGCCCUGCUUGGAGAAGAGAAUAAAGGCUUCUAUUACCUCAUGCAAGAGCUUCCACAGGAAAGGCUUUUGAUUGCCGAGUUAGGAGUUUCAGCCAGUGAAUUCAUGUUUGAAGAAACCAGGGACUACGUUAAACAAAGAAAAGCUUUUGGGAAAACAGUGGCACAUAUACAGACGGUGCAGCAUAAACUAGCAGAAUUAAAAACACACAUUUGUGUAACCAGAGCUUUUGUGGACAGCUGUCUGCUGCUGCAUGAAACAAAACGUCUGGACUCUGCCUCGGCUUCCAUGGCGAAAUAUUGGGCAUCUGAAUUACAAAACAGUGUGGCUUAUGACUGUGUGCAGCUCCAUGGAGGUUGGGGAUACAUGUGGGAGUACCCAAUUGCAAAAGCUUACGUGGAUGCCCGAGUUCAGCCAAUCUAUGGUGGUACCAAUGAAAUAAUGAAGGAGCUGAUUGCAAGAGACAUUGUCCGAGACAAAUAGACAUCUGCCCACAUCCUGGAAUCCUAUUACAACUAAUCUGGUUUUAAAUCUACUGAAGAUAAAGCGCAACCUGGACAGGGAGGAAACACUAAACAGGUUUUCAUGUGCUGUCUUAUAGAAAAAAAAAUCAAAUGCAAAUAUAAGAUUAACACAAAGGGAGAAGAAAUCUUUGAAUCCAAAGAUUCCAAAAUUCUCCAACAUAAGGUUUAACUUUUAUAAUUUUUUACAAAGCUAAAAGGUGAAGAUUUUUCUGAUUCUAGAAGCCUCAGUGUUUCACUUUCCCCUAAAAUUCUAAAAGAGCGUAAGUGCUUAAAUCUUUUAAAUUGAGGCAGAAGUAAUUUUAUUAUACUACAAAAACAAUAGUAUUUACAGCACAUUGACUUUAAAAAGAAAAAUAUAUAUAAUUUAGAAUUGUAAAUAAUUUCAACUGUUUUUUUUGCUCCAAAUUCCCCAGAACAGUGGAAUUUUACCACCUUCCCCCCAAGAUCCUGUUUUUAAGUAAUGGAACCCGUUCUUCAAACAAAGCUCAUGCAGAGUCCCUGUAAAAUGCUGAUGAAUGAAGAGCUGCGCUAGUUGAAUCAGGAAGCCUUCUUGGACUCAGCUAAGCCUUUGCCUAUUGGAGAAGGCUGUUUGUUCUCAUCUGCUGAUACCUGGGCUUACAACAGAAUUCCACCCCAGUUUUAUAGGAGAACACAGAAAAAUCAAUCAUCCUUUAGUUGUAAGCUAUUGGUACAUUUUCUCAGUAUCAAAAGAGUGACUUUGAUUUUGGAAGAGUGUGCUUUUUAAGUGAAUUUAAUGAAUACUUCAUGUCUCUUAUAUGCCAGGCUGUUAAAAAUAUGAUGACAAAUAAAACUGGCAAGACUCCUACUAAUAAAUGAAGAAACAGGUUAUAAUAAAUAAUGUAAGAAGUAAGUAAAUAAACAAGAUAAUUUCAAAUCGUGAUAAGUGCAGUAAGAGAAAUAAACAUUUAGAAUAGGAAAGUGAGGAAACAACAUUUGACUUGCGACAUAAAAGGAAUUCUUAUAAAAAAAAAAAAAACAAGCCAUUAAUUUAAUUUGUAAACUGUUAGCAUCAUUUCAGUACUUGUUUUUCUUUGCAUAUACUGGGGAAACCGUGAAUAAAGUACUUUUUAAAUGGAAACAAAUA